AUGAACUUCGGACGCAGCCCAGAUGGAACGGAGUUUGUCCUGAGAGCCUUCCCAGUAGGCGGCUAUGUACGGUUUGAAGAUGAGAAGGUUGUGCAGCUCGAAGACGGUCGCAUGGUCACUGAAUUCGACGCGCGGUCUGCUGUGGAGCGAAUUUGGGUUCUUUCUGGCGGUGUUUUGGCAAAUAUUGCUGUUGCGUGGUCAUCGUUGGCAGCUGGAGCCAUGCUAGCCGGAGUUCCCACAAAGGAUUUCCUACCCGGAAUCCGCAUCCAGGCGGCUGUUUAG